GCGGUGGUGCAUCCUAUGUUGGCCCUUGAUAAUUGUUUGACAACAUAAAUCAGCUGUUGCCGUUUUGCUAUGGUGUGCGUUAAAUUGUACCGUGACGUCAUCACGCAGAAUCGAUUUUUCCAGCCCAUACAUGCACACACACACACACAGACGGUGCGUAGCUGUCAAAAGUUUUCCAUCGCCCAAUUUUCUCAAACCGUGUUACAAAGGAUCGCUGGAACAUUGCUGGCAGUCGGGGGAGUUUUUGUUCCACCGCUUGGAGUGGUUCGUUGGUCGGCUGGUGAAAAUGUCCUCUACCGUCUUUCAUCGCCGGUGCGGCAAACGGAUUACGCUGACGAACGGGAACCGCACGGCGAUGCGAAAUGUGAGCGAAUUUAACCAUGGACUUGUGCUGAGUGCCGAACCUUUGCAGGAUGAUGUCCUUUUUGAGGUGCGAAUCGAUGAGAAGAUACAAGCAUGGAGUGGAAGCAUUGAAAUCGGCAUCACGACGGUCAAUCCAGAAUCGACCGAAUUGCCACCGUGUGCAAUGAAGCUGCGCAACACUACCUGGGUAAUGUCCGGGAUUUCCGUACUAAACGAUGGUCUACUGCUGGUAGAAUCGUAUGGGCUCGAUUUGGAAAAGCUGGGCGAAGGGGACCGCGUCGGCGUGCAGCGUACCGCCCGUGGUGAGCUGGUGUUCUACGUAAACGGCGAACCACAAGGUGUAGCCGCACUGGACAUACCACGCCAGGUUUAUGCACUGGUGAACCUGUACGGUAAAUGCGUGCAAGUAACGAUAACAUCCGGCCAGCUAGCGGAUCUUCCCGGCGAGUAUGGGGCUUGCACUUCAUCGGAAGAUGUCAGCGCAUCACCACAAAUAUCGCAAAAUAUAGACCUACCUAUGUCGGUGGAAAUGUCCGUAAACGGUGGAACGGCAACGACCGCCACUGUAGUUGCUGCGACUUCAUCCAGUUCCGCAAUAACGUCCAGCACGGAGGGAACAUCCGAUCCGAGCGAUAAGCUCCGGUUUCAUACACGCUGCGGAUCGUUAGUUAAGCUGAGCGCCAACUGUCGUACGGCCGAACGACGCCGACCGCUGGAUGAGUUUAACAAUGGCGUGGUAAUGACACAUCGGCCACUGUGGGAUAACGAGCUGUUUGAGAUACGCAUCGAUCGGUUGGUUGAUAAAUGGUCUGGCUCGAUCGAGGUAGGCGUAACGACACACUGUCCCUCGGCUUUGCAGUUCCCAGCGACUAUGACCAACCUGCGCAGCGGAACAAUCAUGAUGUCCGGGUGCGGCAUACUGACGAACGGGAAGGGAACGCGCCGCGAGUAUGGCGAGUUCAAUCUGGACGAGUUGCGCGAAGGUGACCGUGUGGGUAUGAUGCGAAAGUCGAACGGCAAUCUACAUUACUACAUUAACGGACGGGAUCAGGGCGUUGCGGCGACACGCGUGGCCCAAACGCUUUGGGGUGUGAUUGAUCUGUACGGUAUGACCAUCAAGGUGACGAUCGUGGAUCGGGACGAACGUGAGCAGCGCAAUCUGGUAAUGCGCCGCAACCAUCUGUUAAGCAUGCCGGCCCAGAUACAGGAGCUUCCGCUUAGUAGCUUACCGCACGCGGUCACUACGGCCGGCAGCCCAUCCGAAGCGGACUGUGUCGGUUCGGCAUCGACGCUGCUCGAUCGGCUGCUGUUUCACCAGAUGUGCGGUUCCCACGCGAGUGUCACGCACAGCGGCCGUACGGCACUGCGCCCGAAUGCGUCGGACGACUUUAACAAUGGCGUGGUGCUAACGCGCCGUCCACUGCGCCCGAACGAACUGUUCCAGGUGCGACUGGAGCGCGUCGUCACCAAGUGGGCCGGCUCGAUCGAGAUGGGCGUCACGACGCACAGCCCGACCGAGCUCGAUUUCCCCUUCACGAUGACGAACGUCCGCACGGGCACGUGGAUGAUGACCGGGAACGGUGUCAUGCACAACGGCAUGACCGUGAUCGAGCAGUACGGCCAAAAUCUGGACCGCUUGCAGGUGGGCGAUCGGGUUGGCGUGGUGCGGAAGGAUGACGGUACGCUACAUUUCUGGGUGAACGGUAUCGAUCAGGGUCCGGCCGCCACCAACGUACCGGAGAAGGUGUACGGCGUGAUCGAUCUGUACGGGCAGGCCGCCCAAGCAUCGAUCGUCGAUACGUCCGAGUGCGGUACGCCCGAUACGGGCAACUCGACCAUCUCCAACACGACCCUCUUCCCGUCGGCCGAACCACGGAUGCGCUUCAACACGUGCGUACACGGGCGUAAUGCGCACAUUAUAAACGGUGGCCUAACCGCCUGCCGACCGAAAGCACUGGCCGAGUUUAAUGACGCGAUCGUGUUUAGCAGCCGGCCCCUGCGCCAGCGGGAACUGUUCGAGAUCGUACUCGAUACGGUGGUCGACCGGUGGAAUGGCAGCAUCGAAAUCGGUGUGACCGCAAUGCGACCGGACGAGCUGUCCCUGCCGAGUACGGCGACCGAUCUCGAGCACGAUACGAUCAUGGUUUCCGGCACGACACUCCUGCUGAAUGGCUGUACCGUGCGGAGCGAUCUACCGUUCGAUCUCGAUGCGCUCGGCCAGGGCUCGCGGGUUGGCGUUAUGCGCAACGGCGACGCGAUCCAUUUCUCCAUCAACGGUAUCGAUCUCGGUGCGUUCUACGAUUCGAAGGCACCGAACCUGUACGCCGUGGUCGAUCUGUACGGGCAGUGUGCGCAGGUGAGCAUUACGGCACCGACACACGCCGGCACCGGACCGGGUAGUGGUGUCGGCGCAAAUGGCGAUCUGCGCGCCCCGUACGCGAUCAGCGAAAACUCGCAGAGUCUGCAGGCAACGUCCGUCAUACAGCCGAUGGCGCUGGUAGAAUCGAAGCAUCGCUGGUCAUGCAUAUCCGCCAAUGCCGUAACGCUCGGUCACAACUGGACGUUGGCUUCGCGUGGUACCAGCACGGCCCUAUCGCACUGUCUUGUGUUUUCCGAUCGACCGCUCGUACCGGGCGAAACGUUCGAGAUCAAAAUUACCGAGGUGAACCCACUGUAUGCCGGAUGUUUGCGGGUCGGUGCAACCGAUCUAAACCUCUGCGAUGAGCAUGUGCGCAAAAACAUCCCGAUCAGUAUGCGCCGCAUACCGGCAAACGUGUGGUACGUCAGUGGUAACGAAGUGCGCCACAAUUCGACACUGUUACAGCGGUCCCUGGCAUCGCUCGAAUGGUUACGCGUAGGCGAUCGCAUCGGCAUCGAGCUAACAUCGAGCAGAACGUUACGGAUCUUGCUUAACUCGGAAGAUAUGAAUAUAACCUUCACAAAUUUGCCCGAUUCGGCCGAUGUGUUCGCGGUGGUUGAGUUGAUUGGUUCGACCAUGGCCGUGCAGGUAAUUUCAUCCCAAGGUCCCACCUCUCCCCUGCGACCUUGCAGCCUUCGACUGCAGGAUUCCCUCGAGCUGGGGCUCGAUCCGCUAAACAAGCAAGACUCAAUGCUGGAAUCGAUCGAUUCCGACAGUCUGGCGAUGGAGUUUUCCGAGCUGUAUUUGGGCAAAAAUGUGUCGCUGUUCGAUGAACGUAAAUCUGCUGCCCGGUUGCAAUCGUACAACCAUGCGAUCGUUUGUCUGUCCCGUCCGCUCUGCAAAGGUCACAGUGUGAGUGUGCGCGUGAAUGCGAUCAACACACAGUGGAAGGGUACGAUCGCGGUUGGAGCACUUGGUGCCGCACCCGGUGCUUCCCCCACACAGUUUCCCUUCCCAACCUCGGCCAUUCUGUUCCGGCGUCCGUGCUGGAUAGUGACGCACGAUUACGUCAAUAUUAACGGUACGAAAACACAAUCCCGGUACGGUGAGCUGCUGGAUUCUAUACAGCCCGGCACAAUCAUUACGCUCACGUUGACACACAGCGGCAGUUUGCUGAUCACCUGCGGACAAACACAGCUCGAAGAGUUGGCAACUGGUUUGCCACACCACGUUUAUCCCGUGUUCGAUCUGUACGGCAAAUGUGAACGGGUAACGAUCUACAACGGCGAUCCCAAGAAUGGUAGCCCGAUUGCGGAAGAGCUGGCAGUAUUGCCGAACGAACCACCGCGCAUGGUUGGUGGCCAGAUGGGAGGCACAGUUGGUGUUGGUGGUGUUCCGAACGAUGCAAGCGUUCUCGGUUCCGGACAAAUGGUUGCUGGCACCGCACUGGACAACGGGGAAAAUGUACCCCAAUGUGAAAAGGCAGACUUGGAAGUGCACGAGAAGGAAACGGAUCAAACGGUUGCAUACCAACCGGUGGCGACUACUUCUAGCACAUCAAAUGCGAUGAGCCGCUCCGUGAUGGACUGCGUGUCGGAGAAUUUGCUGAUGAAUAUAUCGAUUAAAAUACGUACCGCAAACGAAGCACGCAAUCAGGAGCUAUCGAAUUCUUGCUGCUUGCGCGAUUCUCUUCAGCUGCAGCAUUCGACUAAUCUCAACAUUCAGCGAAGCCAGAGUACGCAUCGGUUCAAUGCGAACGCAAUGCAGGGCAGCUUUGACAGCAAUCGUGGCGGUGGUGAUCAAUCGCAAUCGAUGAGUUCGGGUAACUACGACGAGGGUUUCGAGGACUAUCAGCAUCGUCCGGCCCUUACCGCCGCAGCAAAUUCUUCUAGUGCGACCACGCUUAGUACGGCUGGCGUUGAAACGAACACAAUCGAUCGUGCGGUUGGUGCGGAAGAAAACACCGACACCAACUAUCUGGACGAGGUGGUAGAAUCGAGCAUAGAUUUCAACAGCCUACAGCUGAGCAGUGCCGUCGGUCCCGCUGGUGAUACAGAUUGUGACACGAAUCUGACGGAUGUUAAUCAAAACAUAACCGCGGACGAGUCGCUUGACGAUGAGGACGAUGGUGAUGAUGUGGAUGAGGAUCGCGAUCGUAACACGUUGGCGAACAAUCGUCGCACAAAGCUUGGGCUGCAGUUGCAGACUGUUGGAGGAAGUUCAGUGCUGAACGCAGCACCAUCGGCAUCCGUUUCCUGUUCCACGCGACCCUUUGCAGCGAUCCAACGGUUAGCACCGGAAGGUGCCGAAAAUGUGGAAGACACCGCGCAGCAGCAACGCACCCAGAAACCAUCCGUACCGACUGCGUACGGUUCUACGAUAUUUCCACCACCGGUAGAAAACCGUGACUGUGACUAUCUGAAGCUGGUGAUGAGCUUCAAGCGAACGCUUAUGCUACCGGAUGCAUUCUUCGUCGAUGAACCGUGUGCGUGCUAUUGUACCACCUGUCAGCUACCGGUGGCUGGUGCAGGUUCGCCAAACAUCGUUAAAAACUGGGUACGCUUCCGAUUGAAUCAGCUGAUGGUGCAGGGAGGUUGUGUCGUGAACACGGCGGACGAUUUCGUUUGGACGACUGCAUAUUACAAUACGCGCGUCGACAAGAUACGAUCCGUGUUGGAUCACGGCCAACCGUUACCAAUAGAAACCGGCCAACUGCAUCCGGACUCAUCGUCAGCCACAUCAACGCUGAAUGAUAAUUUCAUCCCCGGUACGCAUAUAUUGUUGCGUUCGGUUCCGGACGCAACCGAGCCUGUUAGCGUAACGGCCACAUCCAAUGCUGGCAGCACUACCCGCGGCCGUCCGUUUCCGCUUCGUUACAUGGUGAAUGGACAGUUUUUCCACAUUAAAACCGCGUUCGAGGUGCGGGUUCGUGCACAAUCACUUUCCGCCGUUGACCGGGACGGUGAACAGCCAAGAGUAAUGCAGACAGAGGGUACUAGCGCAUCGGGCAGUGCUGGAUGUGGGACGGCAGCUGUAGCAACGACGUCGCUGGCUUCGACCGCAGCUAAUAGCAGCAACCAUGCAAAUGAUUUCACAUUCCGCUCCUGGACCACAAAGGAGGUAGAUGCGUGCGUACUUACCGCACUGCUCAUUCAUCUCAUACCGAACUAAGGGCGAGCGUAGUAGUAGCGAGGCUCAGCGUAUUACAUUUUGCCUAAUCUAUGUCAAAGCAGCUUUAUAAACUAAGAUUUCAUGUCCUCUCUCUAGAA